CACUUCCGCCUUCGCUAACACGGCUAAGGAACCGAAAGUCUCUCUCUAUCUCUUUCUCUUCUUCUUCGUCGUAAUUUCCAAGUGGAUCGUUCGAUAUAUUCUAGGUCGUGAUUAUCACGAAUUUCAGAUUCCUGUUUGAUUCGGUCAAUUCUCAUAUUGAUCGUUUCCGCCGUCACCUGAAAUCCGAUAUAUUUAUAUAUUACAGGAUUUGAACCUUAGUUCCUUUAUUUGGAUCCAUCAUGUUUGGUCGUAUGUUUGGUAAACCGAAACAAGAGCCAAAUGCUCUCACGACUUUGGAUAAGUUAAACGAGACACUUGAAAUGCUUGAGAAAAAGGAGAAAGUUCUUCAGAAAAAAGCAGCAGGGGAGGUUGAAAAGGCGAAGGAAUUCACUAAAGCUAAGAACAAGAGGGCGGCUAUACAAUGUUUAAAGAGGAAGAGGCUUUAUGAACAACAAAUUGAGCAACUUGGAAAUUUUCAGUUGCGUAUCCACGAUCAGAUGAUAAUGCUUGAAGGUGCAAAGGCUACCACAGAAACUGUAGAUGCUCUGAGAACUGGUGCUGCUGCAAUGAAGGCAAUGCAAAAGGCCACGAAUAUUGACGAUGUAGACAAAACAAUGGAUGAAAUAAACGAGCAAACUGAAAAUAUGAAGCAGAUUCAAGAGGCAUUAUCUACACCUAUUGGUGCAGCUGCUGACUUUGACGAGGAUGAACUGGAAGCAGAACUUGAAGAACUGGAAGGAGCUGAAUUGGAAGAACAACUUCUUCAACCUGCCACUACGGCUCCUGCAGCUCCAAUACCCGUUCCAGCUGGAAAACAACCAGCACGCAUUCCUCAGAAGCGUACUGAAGAAGAAGAUGAGUUGGCGGCACUGCAGGCGGAGAUGGCUCUUUGAUGAGGAGCACAGUUUCGUGCAUUAGUGAAAAGCCUUUAAAUCACUUUAUGAUCAAAGUAAUAUUCAUUGCAAUGGGGGCAACGCCUUAAAGAAAUCGGCUGAUUUUGUGUCAUAUGAAUGAACCCUUAUCUUUAUUUUCUUCUGGAAUUGCAUAGCUGCUCGCUUUAUAUUCCAUGUCUAUAAAUAUGAUUGUCUUUGUCUGUCGAAAAAAAUACUUUAAUUUGAAAAUGGUUCCUUGUCGAAGAAAAGUUUUUUUCUAUAAUAAUACUACUAUAUCUUUGUUGGCCUGUUAGAAAUUGCAAAUUUGGAGUUGGUGAUGAACAAUAUACACUUUACUUUAUUUAUUCUUGUUACAAUUAUAUGUUU